GAAAUAGAAAGGUGGGUACUUCUACUGUUAACUCUAGUUGUCAUGGCCCAUAUUGAGUCGUUCUUGUCUCCUUCUUUCCAAUUCCCCACUAAAAAGCCUACUCUUUAAAAACCCAGUAAUUCUUUUCUUCUAUUUACUUCACUUGACUUCACCCUCUCUCUUUCUUCCAUUUUCUCUCUCUAAAACCCAAAUAAUGAAUUGGGUCUAAAAAAAUGGAUACGGGUUCAAAUUAUCCGACCGUUAAGGGGUCAUCAUCAACCUCUUCAUCAUCUGGGUUGUCGGAUUCUUUAAAUGGGCUGAAAUUUGGGCAAAAAAUAUACUUUGAAGAUGUGGGUGGUGUUGGAACUUCCGGCAAGUCUUCCGUCGCCGGAAGUGGUGGUGCUCCGGCGAAAAGGGCCGGAAAAGGGGUGGUGCAAAGUGGGCAACCACCAAGGUGUCAAGUAGAAGGGUGUAAGAUAGAUCUUAGUGAUGCUAAAACUUAUUAUUCUAGGCAUAAAGUUUGUGGUAUGCACUCUAAAUCUUCUGUUGUUAUUGUUGCUGGUCUUGAGCAACGUUUUUGCCAGCAGUGCAGCAGAUUUCAUCGGCUUCCUGAAUUUGACCAAGGGAAACGAAGUUGUCGCAGACGCCUUGCUGGUCAUAAUGAGCGUCGAAGAAAACCACCACCUGGGUCUUUGUUAUCAUCACGUUUGGGACGUCUCUCUUCAUCCCUUUUUGGUGAUAACACCGGCGGAAGUGGUGGAUUCUUAUUGGACUUCUCUUCGUAUCCACGGCAUUCUGAAAGGGAUCUGUGGCCGGGUUCUGAGACCUCUGAGCAGGUAUCUGGAAGUCAGUCCAGGUCCAUUAUGUGGCCAGGCAACUCUGAGGAUCCUCCUUCGAAGAUGUUUCUGCAAGGUUCAGCCAGUGGGUCCAGCUUUUCAUUUCCUCCGGGACAAUGUAUCGGAGGGGUCUCUUCUGACUCGAGCUGUGCUCUCUCUCUUCUGUCAAAUCAAACUUGGAGCUCCAGAAAUCAAUCAUCAAGUACUGGACUAGGUAACUCGAUGAACAUUGAUGGAGCACCUGUCUCCCAUUCUGCUGCAGGUCAUAGUGUUACAGUUGCACACUUGCCGAGCAGCAGCUCACCAUGGGGGUUUAAGGCCAACGAUGAUCCCAAUUGUGGCUUACAUACUGUGCCAUCCGGUCAUCUGGGACUUGGACAAAUCUCCCAGCCACAUUUCAGUAGCCAAUAUCAUCAUGGUGAUCUUAUGAUGGAUCAGGUCCAUGAUGGUGGGCGGCAAUACAUGGAUGUUGACCAUUCUAGGGCUUACAACUCAGCCACCACACACCAUGUGGACUGGUCACUCUGAUUGUUCUUUCCAUUGCUUCAUACUGAGCGAAAGAGCAUGUUUCCCUUUUUUUAUCGAAUUCUUAAGUUGUUCUUCUGGGUGUGUAACAGUCUGAUGACAUCUUGUAACUGUUGCCUGCACCGAUGACUCUUUUGUCAUGGUACCGAACUGAUGUUAUGUCGCGCUUGUGGUAUUUUCCAUUUCCCUGGAUAAUUGGACUACUUUUGUAUGCUGCUGGUUAAUCUGAAUCAUUUUCUGAGCACGA